AUGUCAUCUGGAAAAAAAGUAGAUAAGUCUAACUCGACAAUACCUUCUGGUAGCAAUGAUCAAGGAAUUAUUAGUAUGCAGCCUUCAGGAGUUCAACCAAUGCAGACUACCUAUUCUGAAACAUUUCCUUUAAAUAAUAAUCCUCAUGGAUUUUAUAGCUCAAUGAUGAAUGCUUUAGGAAAUAUUUGUGGGUUUUUCGGAUCAAUUCCAUUUUGUUGUUGCAGUUGUUGUAAUCCUUAUCAAAGGGUUAUGCAAGGAAAUGUUGGGUUAAUUUCGCGUUUCGGUCAAUUUUAUAAAAUUGUUGAUCCAGGUUUGACUAAAGUGAAUAUUGUGACUGAAAAUCUAAUUCCAGUCGAUAUGAGGAUACAAAUUUCUGAAAUUCCCAGGCAAGCCAUCAUGACAAAGGAUAAUGUAUACAUCCAUAUAGAUUCUGUUCUAUAUUGGCAUAUUAUUGACCCUUAUCAAGCUACCUUUGGUGUCACUAAUGUUCGCAAAGCUCUCAUUGACCGUACUCAAACUACUUUGAGGCAUACUCUUGGCGCUCGUGUUCUUCAAGAUUGUAUCGAAAGUCGUGAAGCAAUUGCUUUUGAAAUAAAAGAAAUUAUUGAUGAACCUGCUCACGGUUGGGGCGUUAAAGUCGAAAACAUCUUGAUUCGUGAUAUAAUAUUCUCUAAAGAGUUACAACAAACUCUUUCUUCCGCUGCUCAACAAAAAAGAAUUGGUGAAAGCAAAGUUAUCUUGGCUCAGGCCGAAGUUGACUCUGCUAAGCUCAUGAGGCAAGCCGCCGAACUCUUAAACUCUCCUGCUGCUAUGCAAAUUCGGUAUCUUGAAGCAAUGGCUUCAAUGUCAAAAGCUUCGGGGUCAAAAGUAAUUUUCAUGCCUUAUUCUCCUGGACAAGCCCAAUCUUUUGGAACUACCAAUGAAGCAAGUUCUAGUAGUACGGGUUUUG